ACAAAAUCCGCUUAUCAAAUUUUUAAUUUUUCAUUUCAUUUCAUCAGAUUUUGAUUUUUUUAAAAUCUAGCUAUGGAUAUUGGAUAAUAAUAAAAAUCGUUAGUUCUACCCUUGAAAAUGGGGAAAUAUGAUUUCGAAGAAAUCGUAAAGGCCGUUCAGGGCAAAGGAUAUGCCGGAGAUAGAGGAACGUACAACAAAGGUUACCAUGGCUUAGGAGAUCCUGAUGAUAAAUCAUUGAACGAAAUGGAACUGAAAAUUGCCAUUCCAUCUUGGGAAACAGAUAUAAUACAUCGCGAAUAUUGUAAUAUUGAAAAUCAAGAAUAUCAAAAAUGUCGCGAUAGCUCUUCUUUUUACAAACGAUUUUACGUGUGUUCCGAUCAAAAACUUAAGUUGAAUAAUUGUACCGAACACUGGAAGAAUAAGGUUGAUCUGAGAGAGCAAGCAACUGCUGAAUAUUUAGAAGAAAGAAGACUAUUCAGAAGUACAGGAUUAUCUAAACAAGAAAGAGAAGCUAAAACGACCCGAGCAGAUACAUUAGUCAACAAAAUUAGGUCCUAUGUACUCAGUGAAGAGGAUAUGAAGAAAUAUAGAGAAAAUGCAGAGAAACAUAAAGUAAAUUAGUGUUUAUUAUGAAUUUUUUGUUUUUAUAAAUUAAAAUAAUAAAAUCUACAACUUGAAUUUCAA